UAAAUCCAUCCCAGUGUUUCAAGCGGGAAUGGCAAAUUGCUCGGAGGUUUCCACUUUCCUCUGUGGCGGCGUCUAAGCUUCUCCACCCCAAACGACGACGUACUGUUCCUUUCAGCCGUUCUUCAUCAAUCUCAUACCGUUGAAGAUUAGCUUCCUCAGAAGGACGCUUUAAUACUAUUACUGCAAAAAGGAACCGACUCUGGGAUUCAAUGGUGGUGUGGAUAAGGCAUCAAAUGUUGUUGAAAGAGCUCUAUUUGCUUCUGAUACAGGUUUUUCCUUCUUUCUCUGAAACCCUUUAAGAUUUUAGGCUCGUUUAUGAGAAUAUAGCCAUAUAAUAUGUAUCCUAAUUUAGCAAAAACACCAGCAUUUCCCUUGGCCAUAAUGAGGGUUUCUUCACAACCCAGAUGCUUUAAACUGAUUUUUUCAUCAAAGUCACAGUCUUUACCAAUUGGGUCUGUUCAAAAAAUGAAUUUUUCGUCAUGUUCGCAUCACGGGGUUCUAGGAGCUAACAGUGUAGAAAAACCCAAAGAUUUCUCAAGUGGGUUUUGGCUCAAAACUGCUAAAAGGCAUUCCCUUUUGGUAAAAGCGAGAGUUUUUUCAAAUUCAUCGGCUCAGAAGAUUAGUGGAAAGAAACUUCCUUGGUUAGCAUCGAGGGAUGGUAAUAAGGUGGGGGGAGAGAGACAAAUAUCUGGUAAGAGGGCAGAGAAAGUCGGUAGUAAUAAGUGUUCUUGGGAGGAAUCGGCAAAGAGGUUGGAUAGAGAGAGUGGUAAGUCUUCUUGGGAUGAGUUUGCAAAGAGAAGUGGUGCAUCUCUUGUGGGGAGUGAAGAGAGGAGGAACAGAAUUAUAGAUAGGGUUGAAGAUCCUCGCGGCAAUUACAUUUCCGGGGAGGAAAGGGUUGAGGAAAAUGUAGAGGAGGAAGAUGAAGAAUCUGAGGUUGUUAGUGAUCCGAGAUGGGAUAAGAUUAAGAGCAGGUUCAGGGGAGUGGUGGAUGCAAGAGAUAGGUACGAGAAACCCGACUUUCGGAGGUGGAAUAAACAGGAGAAUUGGGGUAGAAGGACAUGGAAAGAGGCUACCGAGUCGUCUGUGCCGAAGGUGGUUGGUGAAGGCGUCUAUGGUGUUGGUCCGGUUUUGGCCGCUUUGUCGGCUGGACGAAGAGAGUUCUAUGCACUAUAUGUGCAAGAAGGGUUGGAUUUGAGUAGUAAUAAUAGAAAGAAGAAGGACAAGAAGGGGUUUGAAAAAGUUUUGAAAAUGGCUGAAAAACUUGGAUUAAGCAUAAAUGAAGUGUCUAAGCAUGAUCUGAACAUGGUGGUUGAUAACAGGCCUCAUCAGGGUUUGGUGCUUGAUGCUUCUCCAUUGGAGAUGGUAAAGAUAAAGGAACUUGAUCCCGUUUCGGUCGAAGAAGACAAGAAUUCCCUUUGGGUGGCAUUGGAUGAGGUUACAGAUCCUCAAAAUUUGGGGGCAAUCAUAAGGUCUGCUUACUUCUUUGGAGCUUCAGGAGUUGUCUUGUGCGCAAAGAAUUCGGCUCCUCUGAGUGGUGUCGUGAGCAAAGCAAGCGCAGGCUCACUCGAGUUAAUGGAGCUCAGAUAUUGCAAAAAUAUGAUGCAGUUCUUGGUAUCCUCAGCUGAGAAUGGCUGGCGAGUCCUCGGCGGUUCAGUGUCUUCCAAAGCUAUUCCCUUGAAUGAGGCUGUACCCGGUGCCCCAACAAUCCUUGUCUUGGGCAGUGAGGGUAUGGGGUUGAGACCUCUAGUGGAAAGAUCUUGUACUCAGUUAGUCAAAAUUCCUUCGAAUGUUCCCGUUGAUAUCAUUCCUGGUGGAGAAGAGCAUUCUGAAACUGCAGAGCAGAAUGCUGGAUGCUUGGCUGGCGAGUUUCGGUCAUUUUUGGCUGUCGAAAGCUUGAAUGUUAGUGUUGCAGCUGGUGUGCUUCUUCACCACUUAAUUGGUGACAACUACUACAAGAAUGAUACUGGAAAUAUUGAUCAGCCAACAAACGCACUUGAAUGAGAUAUCAAGCACCAGUCCCCUAUAUUGAAUUUUGCCUUUGUUUAUUUAGAUCAUUCAUGUCCUUGCUAUUUCCUUUUUACCAUUUUGUUCUUGUAGGAUUUCUAUAAUCAGAGAGGAAAAUAGUUUAAGCAGGUUUACAAUUUUCGACAUUUUCGUGACCUCUUUUUGAGAGAUGUACGAAAAAAGUUGCGACUUUGUUACAGAUGAUAAAUAUAAAUUUACUG